AUGGCUUCCAAACAUGGUCUCUUGCUUGUUUCCCUUGCUUUCUUGCUCCUUUGCAGCUCCCAUUACUGCUCAGCCUCCGGCAGGUUACUAAAUCCGAUGAAGCCAACCUCCAUAGAAUUUGGAAUUGACCCACCUUACCUUCUAAAGCCAACUUUUCCAUUGCCUGAAGAUCAAGAAACACAAACACCUCCUGGUUCCAUACUACCAGCACUUCCAAUGCCACUUCAACAGCCAAUAAUGACACCACCUCCACCUGCUCCUUUUCCUCCUGGCCAAGAUGAGGCCGGUUUGAUUCCGGCUUUCCCAUUCCCUCACUUGCCUUCUCUACCGAAAUUCCCUCCUUUUCCAUUUAUUCCUGGCAUGCCAUCAGUCCCUGCACUCCCCUCAGUUCCUUUGGCUCCACAGUUUGUGGACUCAGGCUUUACUUCACCAGGGAUUGGAGAUGAAGGCAGCCCAUGA